AUGGGGCCGCGUUUCCGGCCCCGCCAAACGCAACCUGGCAGCACCAUCCAUGUCGUCGCCGAGACGCCUCACCCCGAUGCGCCUUCAUCCGAUGCAGGCCAUAGCGGUUGCGUGCACUCGCCGCAAGCUCCGCUUGUACCCCCUCGCUGCGCCGCUCCUGAGGCGGCGACUACAAGCCUCCCAGAUGCUGCUGCUACGUCUCGGCUAGUUGGAGCCGGAAUGGCGUCGGUGACAGCAGCAGCACCCGUCGCGUCGUCGAGCAAUGCACCCGACGGCACGGCGAUGACGAGAAUCGCGGCAACGACGAUUGCUGCAAUCCCCACUGCUCGCGGUGUUCGAGGUCUUAACUCCAGAGCACCUGACGAGGAGCCGUUACCUGCUGGGGCCAUAGAGCUUCUCUCGUUAGUGCGCGGCGGAAAGGCCGCGCCGCUCUCUCCCCGCCCGCCUCCCGGCAGCCCCUCCGGUUUCCGCCGCGUUCGCCACUUUCGAUCCGCGUCGGUUGGCGGAUCAGUCAUUCCCCGCACUGCGGACAUCGGCGACGCCGACGGCGCGGAUCGCCCAUUCCCGUCGCCUUCCCCGCAGCCUCCACAGCGCAAGGCGACGCCGCCCCUCUCGGCGUCCGCGGGCAGCGCAACCCGACUCUGGAGCCCGCGGGACGCAACUCCCGGAAAUGCUCCCGCCGCGAGUGCUUCCCCGUGGCGCGUCCCCCCCGCCUCCCCCCUUCCUGCCGUCGCAGGGCGGUCCGCUGGCAGGGUGCACGGCGGUGGUGCGGUGGGGAGUGAGUCCCGCGCGCAGGCCGACCGCCAAGCACGCGAGGUGGAGUGGAGCGCGUGGGAGUCCGAGCCCGAGUGGGAGUCGCAAUGGGAAUCCGAGUCGGAGUGGGAGGAGUGCGUUGUGGCGCGUGUGCUGGACGGCUUCAGAGCGCGGAGGAGGUCGCCCAACACGACCAUCGCAGCGGUGCGGCAGCAACCGCAGCAGCAGCCCCAGCAGCAGGAGCAGCAGCAGCAGCAGCAGCGGCAGCAGCAGCGGCAGCAGCAGCAGCAGCAGCAGAGGCGGUAUGAGGCAGUGGGCCAGUCACAGCGCAAGCAGCAGGAGCGGGGUGCUGCCAGCAGCAACCUCCUCGCAGGGCACCCUCCGUGCGCCUCCCCUGCUGUGCCCCCGGCGCUGGUAAGGCGCACAGCCCAUCGCAUUCCGCGGAUUGCCUCCGCGCCUGGCAGUCUCGCACUCAUGGUGCUGGCCGCGGCGGAAGGCGCGAGCACGACUGGUGGAGGGAAAGGUGCAGCGCACGUGACAACCGUCCCUCUUGGCAGCACCAGUGCCCCGUUGCAGCAGAGGAAGGUCACUACCUCGCCUCCCGCCAGAGCCCCUGCUUUGCUGCACCCCUCCCGCCGCGCCUCCCUGCCCCCUUCCCUCAGUUCACCCGGGAGUUCCCCCCAACAACCCGCAAGCUUCCCCAUCCCCCGAAGCUCGUCCGCGGGCACGCCUCUUGCGCCUGUCGCGCUUCUCGCUCCGCUGCCACGCGCCACCCUUUCCGUGCCAGCAGCAGGAGCAGGAGCAACAGGAGCAAGAUUAGCAGGAGCGGUGGGAGCAGGCAUGUGGCACCGUGGAUGUGCUCCUCGUCGGCGUGCAGGAUCACUGGAUGAGACGGGCACGAGGAGGCCGCCACACGCCUGGACACCCACCACAGCCGCUACAGCCUCCACAUCUGCUGAAGUGGCCAGCAGCAGGUUGAGAGGGGGCGGGGGCAGUAGCAGCGGCAUGGGAGAGGGAGGUAAGGGUGUGAGAAGACGUGCAGAGGAAGGUGCUGAGCAACUUCCUGCCACAAUGACACAGGGCCUCCGUUUAAGUGCAGCUUCCUCGGAUAAGCGGCUGGGGAGCCAAAUUUCUGGUGGUAACCAAACAAUUCGUGGCAACCAGUUCUUGGCUGAUCUUGGUGGUAACCAGACUGCCCUUGGCAGUAACCAGGCGUUUGCUGGUAACCAGUUCGCUAUGCACACCCGCAGUCGCAGUGUCGACGCUGUUGGGUAUGAGGCCGGUGGGGGGCAUGCGCGGAUCCCGUCUGCCACUGCAGGUUUGGCGUCACUCGCGGCCACCUUCCCUGCUGCGAGCAUCCAUCCAAGCCCUCCCAUGCCGUCUCCACUUCCAGCUGAUGCCCUCCUGCCAACAAUUGCUUACACUCAGUUCUCUGCUUCUGCUGUUGCUGUUGCUGUUGCUGCUGAUGUUACUGCUGGUGGUGGUGUUACUGCUGCUGGUGCUCAGUUGUCCAAUGCCGCAGUUGUCCAGCGUCAGGUGAAGGUGGGAAAGAGUGUUACUGGCAGCGGCGGUACCACCUUCUUGGCAACAGCAGCAGCAGCGGGCACCGGAACCAUGGGGGUGGCAGGAGUGGUGUUGCUGGCAGCACAGAAAGAGGAAGGGGCAGCGUGGGAGGAGGUGUUGACAGUGUCAAACCAGGUAGAAGCACAGGCAGCAGAAGCAGGGGCAGUGGUGGGAGCGACAGUGACAGUGACAGUGACAGCAGCAGCAGUGCAUGCACGCCCACCACCAUGA